AUGGGAACAAAGGCGAAAAUAUUCCUGGGCUUGGCGGUGGGGUUCACGGUGCUAUGUGUUGUCUUGCUGAUUGCCCUGGGCGUGGUCAUUGUUCAUCCCUACGAGUACACGCGGGACUUUGAGCAAGUGAAGUGUACGGGGAUCACCGUGCAGGAGCAUGGGUACCUGGAGUGCUCCUGCAGCACGAAGACCGCUACCUGCUGGUCGGUAUUCCCGUGUAAGGAAAUCACCGUGCAGUAUCUCCCUUUGGGAGGUCCUGAACGUCAAAGUAUUCUCUUCAAGGACUACGACGCCUUGUAUGAUGACAGACCAUGUAGUCUCGUGCCUUGCGACCCCUCUCCGAAGACGAACGAAGUGUCCGUCGAAUGGUUCGCAAAGAGACACACCGGGUCGUCUAGUUUUGACUGUUACGUGAACCCAACAGCCACCCACGAGGUUAUCCUGGAGCUACCGGAUGCGUUGGCUGUGACCAUGGCCAUGGUGUGGCCGUCCAUCGGCUUUGUCAUAGGUCUCGUCACAAUUUGUCUGAUAAUGAACAGAUCCAAGGUAUUGCACAUCACUGACUAG